AUGCAAGACAUGAAAGAGCGCCUCAAAGGAAAGGCAGACGUGACGGCAUACCUUGACAAAGCAACCCAACUGAGCAUUCUCAGAGCCCUUGAUAUGCCCAUGGCCAGUCAUGAAAUGAACAAACCGGCAAGCCAAGAGGAGACCAUAUCUGAUGCCGACUCAGUAGAGGAGAAUGUUGUCGACCUUGGCAUUACAGGAAGCGACGAGGACUGA